GUCUGUAGGUAGUUCUGCGUAGACGGGAACAAGUGUCUCCCCUGAGGGCACACGUCUGCCUGCCCAGCCCAGGCCCUCAGCCACUCCUCCUCUCUCACUGACUUGGGUAGAAAGGGCCAGAGACUGCAAAUCGAGGGCGCUAGCAGGCAGGUGGGGAGAUGGAUGGUUUGGUGCCUGUGUGUGGUGUGGGCUUGAUCAGGCAUCUGCAGUUUGCUGUCUUCCUCGCUCAUUCUGGUGGAACGUGGAGUUUAGUGUUGAUCCCGAGCUCCUCCUGCCUGGUCUGGAUGAUGGCAGUCACGGGUGGUUGCUGACUGCUCCCAGUAGGAGCUCAGGGACAAGGAGGAGGCUAUACAUGUGCAAGUAGUACCUUGAGCCAAACCGCAGGGCCGAAAAUUGGAACAGAAUUACAUAAAUCAAGGUCAGAAAUUUCCCGUCCAGCCCACAGGGUGGAGUCUUCUCCAUUCCUAUCCAUCCUAGCGAAUAUAAACCCUGAGUCGAUGUCAGUGUGUGGAAGGCGCUGCUGGUGGGACUCGAUGAUUGCAGCUUGGAGCCUCCACCAUGAAUGUCAAGGUGGUCCUGGUGUUCCUGGCUCUGUCCCUUGUUACCAUCUUUGCCCUCGCCUAUGUCCUGCUGACCAGCCAAGGUGGUUCCAGCCAGCCUCCUCGCUGCCCCUCGGUGUCCCCCAGCGCCCAGAGCUGGACACACCCCGGCCAGAACCAGCUGUUUGCAGACCUGAGCCCAGAGGAGCUGGCAGCUGUCAUGAGCUUCCUGACCCAGCAGCUGGGGCCAGGGCUGGUGGACGCGGCCCAGGCCCAGCCCUCAGACAACUGCGUCUUCUCGGUGGAGCUGCAGCUGCCCCCCAAGGCUGCGGCCCUGGCCCACCUGGACAGAGGAGGCCCCGCACCCGCCCGGGAGGCGCUGGCCAUCGUCUUCUUUGGCGCACAGCCCCAGCCCAACGUGAGUGAGCUGCUGGUGGGGCCGCUGCCUCACCCUAGCUACAUGCGGGACGUGACGGUGGAGCGGCACGGGGGCCCCCUGCCCUACCACCGGCGCCCCAUGCUAAGAACUGAGUUUGCCCAGAUGUGGAGGCAUUUGAAAGAGGAGGAGUUUCCCAAGGCACCCAUCUUCCUGGCUUCUGUCUUGAACUACAAUGGCUCCACUCUAGCGGCUCUGCAUGCCACCCCCAGUGGUUUGCGCUCAGAAGGGGACCGAGCGACGUGGAUAGCCCUCUACCAUAACAUCUCAGGUCUUGGUAUUUUCCUUCAUCCUGUGGGGCUGGAGCUUCUGCUGGACCACAGAGCCCUGGACCCUGUCCACUGGUCUGUCCAGCAGGUCUUCUACCUUGGGCACUACUAUGCAGACUUGGGCCAGUUGGAAUGGGAGUUUAAAGCUGGCCGGCUGGAAGUGAUUAGAGUCCCUCUACCCCCACCAGGUGGGGCUUCAUCGCUGAGACCCCGGGUGCCCCCAGGACCUCUCCCCAUACUUCGUUUCUCACCCCAGGGUGCCCAGUACAGCGUACAAGGGAGCCUGGUGGUAUCUCCCCUCUGGGCGUUUACCUUCGGUCACGGGGUGUUCAGUGGCCUGAGGAUUUUUGACGUUCGGUUCAGGGGUGAGCGCAUAGCGUAUGAAGUGAGUGUGCAGGAGUGUCUGACUCUGUAUGGUGCUGACUCGCCCAAGACAAUGACGACGCGCUACUUGGAUAGCAGCUAUGGACUAGGCCACAACAGCCGAGGCUUGGUGCGAGGAGUUGACUGCCCCUAUCAGGCCACGAUGGUGGACAUCCACAUACUAAUGGGCAAAGGGACAGCCCAGCUGCUCCCAGGAGCUGUGUGUAUAUUUGAGGAGGCCCAGGGACUACCACUUCGAAGGCACCACAAUUAUAUUGGGAGUCAUUUCUAUGGUGGUUUGGCCAGCUCGGCUCUUGUGGUGAGGUCUGUGUCAACUGUAGGCAACUAUGAUUACAUUUGGGACUUUGUAUUGUACCCAAAUGGGGCACUCGAGGGGCGGGUCCAUGCCACGGGCUACAUCAACACAGCCUUCCUCAGCGGGGGAGCCGAGAGCCUCCUCUUUGGGAACCGUGUGGGGGAGCGCGUGUUGGGGGCAGUGCACACCCACGCCUUCCACUUCAAGCUGGACCUGGAUGUCGCAGGGCUGAAAAACUGGGUGCUAGCUGAAGACGUGGUGUUUAAGCCUGUGGCAGCUCCCUGGAGCCCUGAGUACCAGCUGCAGCGCCCACAGCUGACGCGGCAGGUCCUGGGAAGGGAGGACCUGGCGGCUUUUUCCUGGGGAAGCCCCCUUCCCCGCUACCUGUACCUGGCUAGCAACCAGACUAAUGCCUGGGGUCACCAGCGGGGGUACCGAAUCCAGAUCCACAGCCCCCUCGGCAUACACGUGCCCCUGGAGAGUGCCAUGGAGAGGGCCCUCAGCUGGGGGAGAUACCAGCUUGCGGUGACCCGAAGGAAGGAGGAGGAGCCUUGGAGCAGCAGCAUCUAUCACCAGAAUGACAUCUGGACGCCCACCGUGGCUUUCGCCGACUUCAUCGACAACGAGACCCUCUUAGGAGAGGAUCUGGUGGCUUGGGUGACAGCCAGCUUCCUGCAUAUUCCCCACGCGGAGGAUGUCCCCAACACCGUGACCGUGGGGAACGGGGUGGGCUUCUUGCUCCGACCCUAUAACUUCUUCGAUGAGGACCCCUCGAUCUUCUCCCCCAGCAGUGUAUUCUUUGAGAGGGGCCAGGAUGCCGGGCUUUGCCGUGUCAACCUGGCAGCCUGCGCCCCGCACCGGGCGGCCUGUGCCCCAGACUUGCCCACCUUCUCUUACCGCGGCUUCUAGUCCAGAGUGGGUGGGGCCGGGGACACUUGUACCUUCCUCUCUGUUCUCACUGUUCCCCGAGUUUUAAUCGUACCUGCUAUCCCAACUCCCAAAUCCCCAUAUAGUCCCUUUGUUUAUUCUUUGUUUGUUUUCUUAAAUGAUACAUUAAAUAAAAAGCAGUUUUGAAAAUAAAUACUUGAGUGAAAGUACCACAGACGCUAGCGCCCGAAAUAGCGGGGACUCACGUUGUAUUGGUCUUUCUUCCUGUGUGUGCCUUCGGAAGGAAGAGCAGGUAGAGUGCUGGAAAGUGUUCUGUGGGAUUAACAAUAAAAAGCACUGCAAGGAUUUUACUUGAAUGUCUUCUCCUCGACUGCUUAAGUAGAAUCCCCUGAGAGUGUUGAGGACUCGGGCCAAGGAAAUCAGCAACGGAGGGGAGAGGCCCAGGGGGAGAGGCCUGGCCAAGGACUGUUGCUUGGGAAGCUGAAGGGGCUGGGGUGGGGGUUUCCUUGGAAGAACAAUAGUUCCCAGUGGCAGGAAAGAGAACAUCUGGCCCUGGAAGGGGGCGGGGGAGCCGGGGAAGGAGCUGCACU